GGCAAGAUACGAACGAAAACCAAAAUAUUAUUAUUAUUAACAAUCACAUCCAAAGAUCCAAUAGCCAGAUCCAGCCACCAGCCACCUGUUGUUUGAAGUCCAGCCGCCUGUUGCCGACGGUGCAGAAGAUUCGAUUCAGCACCAUCAUACUCGGAGCAAGGACUCUGUCCACCGAUACCAAACCGCGUUGGAAGACCAGAAACAGUCUAAAAAGCGUUACUCCUUGGAAGUAACUAAGUGUUCUGCCGCCUUUUUUCUAACAGUGCCAGACAUCAGACAUCAGCCAUGAGAUUCCCAACUAGUACAAUUGCUCGAAAUCCUCGUCGUUGGAUUCCUUCCACGGGGGUGAUAGCUCCUGCUCGCCGCCAGAUGCCUCAAACAGCUGCAAUCGGGGCCAAGGCCACAUUUACUUCCACUGUUGCCAAAUCAGAGCAAGAUACCCCCUUUUUGGCUCGCUGGAAGGAAGACACCGUGUUUGCUUCCCAAAAAGAGCCUCGUCCCAAGGUUUUUAUCGAGCACCCCGGUCCUCGCAGCUUGCAGCUCCUGGUAGAGCCCAGCGACACGGCGGAACGCAUGUGUUUGUAUGAAGAGCGAGUGCCCCCUGGAGCAGGCACACCUGUUCACGUUCAUUUCACAGAAGAUGAGUACUUCACGUUUUUGGAAGGCCAAUUCAAGGUGAUUGCGGGCCCAUCUGUCCUUGACGUGAAGGCCGGCGAAACUAUCUUUGUGCCCCGCGGAACACCUCACGCUUGGUGCAAUGUCUCGGAUGGACCCGGGCGAUUGUUGUUUGGUUUCACUCCUUGCCACAAGGGACACAAAUUGAUGGAGGAUGUCCUGAAUCCUGACUUUAGAGAAACGAACACUCCAGAGACGAUGAAGGAUGUUUAUGAUAUUGCCAUUCUGACUGAGCACUUUAUCUCGCCGGAUUCCGAAGAACUUAAGACAGGUUGGACCAAAGGUUUUCCUUGAACUGGACCAGUGAGUAAUCACCAGUUGUUCAUGAUUCAGGUUCAGCAUGGUGGAGUAAAGGAAAGCAAAUCAAACCAAAGAAUUCGAAAAGAGAGCUAGCAAAUCAUCUCCAUGUGCCUACAUCAUUCGGGUACCACUUGACUACUACUAGUAGUCAUAAUUCUCAACUAACUAAAGGACACCUGCGUCGAAUAGUAGGCUAUUCGAUUACGACACAGCUACUUGGCU